AUGUUGAAGAAAUCCGGAAUCCUGCUGUCAAGCACCAAUCUACAUGCUUUCCACUCCUCAGCGCCACCAUCAAAGACGUCACCAUUCCAGCCUCCGGGAUCUCGAGCAAAACAACAGCAAUGCCGUUCAUAUGCUAUCGUCUCGGAUGGCCAUACCAGGCAUGACCAUGGAAGCCUUCGUUGGCCAGAAAUAACGUCUGCGAACGCCAUCCCGACCCCAUACCAGAUCUUCAACCAGAAAAAAGGAUCACCUUAUUCGAAGAAGAGAUUCUACGAGCUUGUGAAGCUAUACCACCCUGAUCGACACGACCCCGAUGACUGCAGCGGAUUACCGUAUGCUACGAAGCUAGAGAGAUACAGGCUUGUAGUUGCUGCAAACGAUAUAUUGUCAGAUCCGGUCAAGCGGGGUGCUUACGACAUAUAUGGAGCGGGAUGGAAUGGCCAACCAGAUGUUCUCCGUCCUCGAGAUUCAUCAGAGCAACCAGCUACAUGGGGGGGUCACAGUGGGAGAGGGUGGGGUGGAGGACCUAGUGGUCCAAGCCAGAACGCUACCUGGGAAGACUGGGAGAAGUGGUAUCAGCGUGAGGGAAAGGGACCACAAGAACCAAGACAUGUUUCGAACGCUGCUUUCGUGGGGUUAAUUUUGACAUUUGCUGCUUUUGGGGGCAUGACUCAAGCUACACGGGCCGGAAAUUAUUCUAUUAGCUUUCUUGAACAGAGGGAUGCUCUUCACAAAACCGUUUCUAAGGAUUUGAUGCGGAGGAGGAAGGAGGCGAUGAGUGCUUAUGGCAGCCGUGAGGAGAGGAUUGAAAGCUUCUUGAAGCAAAGAGAUCUAUACGGAUAUGGUGUGACGGAUCCGAAGGAAGAAAGUUACAGAAGGGUUCUUCCGCCGCCUGAGAUCUGCUCUAGCGAAGAUAUCAAAGACCGGCCAGUGGACAUCUAUCAUCAGAAGAACAAUCCUAAGGAUGGAUAA